GCAUGGAGGCCCUGGAGACGGCGCUAGGAUACUGGGAGGACGCCCUGGCAGCCUACACGGCGGGGGUGACGGGGGGAGUCGCCCUCACCUCCCAGGACGAGGCAGAGUUCACGGCGCUCCUCCAGAGGGUGAUCGACGACGCCUACAGCCUGCAGGACCAGUGUGAACACCUCUUCCUCCACCAGCAUUCUGUGUUAUUCCGGUCCUCCAGCGUCACUCCGGUGCCCUCAGACGUCGCGGCGGAGGCCAGCGAGCGGCGCACACUCACCUCGGCGUCCUCCUACGAGUCCUUCGUGUCCGCCUCAGGGGAUAUUGCCGACUUGAGGGACUUGGAGGAGUUCGACGAGGCACAGUACCCGCUGUACAUGGCAGCUCUCAAACAGCAUGAAGACGGAGGUAUUCCUUACAGGGACGUUCGAACAGAUCGAGUGAAGUGCGGCAGCGACGUGGAGUAUAUCUGCAAAGUCCAUUGCAUUCGCCUAGCAUGUCAGCUGCUUUUCGGCCAGGAGGAGACGAGGCAGUUCUUCAUCGACUCCGGCAGACAGAUUAUCGCUGGUCUUCUUGUUCGAACAGAUAAAGACCCCAAGGACGUGCUGCUGGCCUAUGACGAAAUGCUGGAAUUCCUCUCGGACUGCGACUGGGGGGCCGUGGAGGGCGAGCUGCAGGGCCGAGGAGUCAAGGCUUUGACCUUUUACGAUAUUGUGUUGGACUUCAUUCUCAUGGACGCCUUUGAUGAUCUCGAGAGCCCGCCGUCGUCCGUGACGGCGGUGGUGCAGAACAGAUGGCUGUCUAAUGGCUUUAAAGAAUCGGCGCUGUCGACCGCGGUGUGGAGCGUCCUUCGCGCCAAAAGGCGGAUGUUGAAAUACCAAGAUGGCUUCAUUGCGCACUUCUAUGACGUGUCGGAACACUUAUCUCCCGUCCUCGCCUGGGGAUUCUUGGGACCAGAUGAAAAUGUUAAAGAAUUAUGCACUUUCUUCAAG